AUGUUUCCCCGAGGCGCACGUCCUAACCGAGUCGCUCCCACUCUAGACGAAGGCGAGGAGGAGCAAGAUGACUGGGUUUCGGCCGAGGCGCCCCCUACUUUCGGCUCGCCUGUCACGCCAGAUCUACAGCAACAGAAGAGGCCGAAGCUGCGACCCGAAAAUGGAGUAGACACGCCACCGCCGAGUCCGCCGUCGCCCUCGUUCGCACCCAUGGGCCGGCCGCUGGUGAGGAAACCUUCCGGUGAUGAGAAAGAGGCUGACCAGUUCCAGAGAGCAGUAGUGUCGACCAUCAGCGGUGCCGACAACACGCAGUUUCUCGAGCAGUUUCGCUACACCGUCAUCACCUCCCACCUCCUCGGGCCCUCUGCCGUGGGCCAGCGCCACAUGCCACAGCCCGGCAACGGAUCGCCACAGAAUAUCAAUGCCGAUGCGGAGCUUCCGAGCGUUCCGGGCGUCGUCGUUGCCGUGGCCAGUGCCUUUGUCGUCGCAUGGACGGUCCAGUGGGUGUGCUCCGGCGGCUUUGUUCACCUCUCGAAGAGGCGGGUCGCUGUUGGGCUGGUCCUGCUGACGGUGACGGCUGUCUUUGGCCAUGCCUUCUUCCGGCAACAGUGGCUGCGCCACGUCCGGCAAUCGGCACUAACGGAAGCCCGGACCUUUGUGACGCGGUCACACGACUUUGACAGCGCGGCGAGCGCGGCCAUCUCCUUUAUCAAAGAGGUCGAGCUCGUCUCGCGCGGCUACAGAUUAAGCGCGCCUCUGCCUCCGAUCAGCCGCAUGGACGACCGCAGCCAGACGAGACGGUGUAUGCGGCUGCGCAAAGCCGUCCGCGGGUGUUUCUCCGAUGCUCUGCCGGCCUAUAAGCAGGCCACAACGGUGGUGCAGUGCCUUUCGGAACAGGUCGACCUGGAGAUGUACUACCACGUCUACGAUAUCACCGACUUUGACGUGUCCGAUGCAAUGCAGGGCUUGGAAUCCGAGUUUGCCGACGCCGACUCGCUGCGAACGCUGACCGUUGUGGCUGCCCGCUUUCACACUGUCCGCCGGAUGUUUCUGUGUGCACUACUGGCGCUGGAAGCCAACGAUGACGAGUCCGACUUUCUGCGCUGGUCAACGGCAGCUGAAGGCUUGCGCACCCUCAACGAGUCGACCAAUACCUGCUACGGCCGCCUGCAAACGAUCCUCGGCGAGGUCGAGAUGUUCUCACAAGACGCGCCGUUGAAGGCUCCCCUGUCGCCAGGGCGUGAGAGGUGGCGGUCACAGCUGGGCAAGCUCAACUCGCUGUCGACCGGCAUCCGCGGCCUGCAGGCGAAACUGGCGCUGCUGCGCGAGGAGUCGGACCGGACGCUGAAUGAGGCCAAGGACAUCUCGCAUCUGGGCCCCAACUUGAUGGCCCAGUACGACUCGAUCGGACAGGACCUCAAGCUGCUGAUCCAGGCGUGGGAAGAGGGCAAGUCAGCGCUGGCGUCGGGUAUCAACCGCAAUGAGAAGCGACUGUCGUCGAUCGGCAUGCUGAUGUCACCGACUUUUUCGCUCAGCGGCCUGACCGCCGUCGGAGACAGCAGCCCGAGCCGUGGAGGCACGGCCGAAGACGCCCUGCACGCGCUGAACGGCGGCUCACCGCUCGGCGGCAGCACUGUCGGCGACCCAGAGGAGGAGGUGGUCUUUGAGGCCGUCUCGCUGCCACCGAUGCGGUCCAGGUCGCUCCUGUCGCGGGGAGAGCGUCUCAGCAGGAUGAAGGAGGACCGCGAGCGGCGAGCCGAAGCCCGUGAGCAGGCCGAUGCCAGUCGGGGCAUGCUGCGGGAGCUGGAGAUGGUCAUCAACCUGCGGCCCAAGCUUGGCCGUGUCGAUGCGCCUGCCAUCGAUGAGCCUGCCGCCGAUGAGCUCGCGGGCGAGCCGUCCAGACUGUCGAUCAACGUGCCCAUCAACAUAAUCGCCCACGAACCUGUUGUCGAGCUCUUCGACGACCGCUCUGCCUCGGCAUAA